AUGGAAGGAAAGACCAAGCUCGUCGUGGCCGUCGACAAGCCCACGCCAUACACCUUCGACCUGGGCCUUCUCAUGGCAGAGGACCCCAACCCAAUCGUCCUCGACCACUCCUCCAUCGAGCAGUCUCUCGCCGAGGUCGCGCGCGACGGAGCUCAGGCCCUGAUCAACCAGCUGCUCUCGACCUGCCCCCUCAGCUCCACCAAGGAAGGCGUCCUCCUCUCGCUUCCGCCACCCAGCACACACCUGCCGCGAGAGAAGCCCGUCCCCCAGGCCAAAGAACCCACCAAAUGGGAGCGCUUUGCUGCGAAGAAGGGCAUCAAGCCCAAGACCCGCGAGCAGCGCAAGAAUCUGGCCUUUGAUGAGCAGUCUGGUGAAUGGAAGCGCAAGUGGGGAUACCAGGGACUGAACAAGAAGGGCCAGGACGACCCCAUCAUCGAGGUGGACAUGAAUGCCGAGAGAGAGCGCAAGGAGGGGACCAGCGUUCGGGGAGACAACAGGAGACAGCGAAAAGAGAACAUGAGGAGGAACGAGAGGAUGAUGAAGAAGAACGCAAGACAAGGCCAGGCCAACGGAGGAAAGCGGUAA